CGGUAGGAUAGUGGGUCGAUUGAACUAGGAGGAUACUCAACAUCGAUCCAAAGGUCGGAAAUAGGCAAGCAACCUUGUAAAUAGCUAGAUUAGUGGUUAGCUAGGUUAGUUAGUUUAAUUCGUCUAAUCACCAUCCUAGGUUGGCUAGAUAAUGAACCCUAAACAUCAAGUAGGGUAAGCCUAGAUUCCCGUGGUACGAUAAAUGAUUAUUUCUUGCUAGCCCUAUGCUACACUCGGCGUCGGUUAUUCUUGGCCGUCGAUUGGGAUGUUGUAGGUAGAUAUAGUCAAGGUUUUGGCGCCGUUGUCGGGGAGCCAUUCUAGGUUAUUUGAAAAAGGGUUAGGCCGUUACUUUAGCCGUUUCGUUUUCGUUUUGUGUUUUGUUCACCCACUCUUGGUCUUAAAGGGUGGUUGUGUUUGUUUGAUUUUGUUCUUGUAUUUUUGUUUUUGUAGGUUUAAUCAUGGAUCCCAAUGGCUUCUGCAACAUGUGGGGGUAUCCACAACCGCCCGAAUGGGGGUACCCUGGAGCUUCAUGGAGUAGUGUAGAAGGUUGAAGCCAAGGAGCUAGGUUCUAUGAUCAACCUUCCUUGCAAGAAGAACCAUACCAAUGGGGAUAUGCAGAGGCUUCCCCAUACCAAGAAGAUUUCCCUCCACACCCCAAGAAGAAAUCCAAGUUGGAGUUAUCCAUUGAAGUUUUCAUGGGGUGUACCUCAAGACCAUGUGCCAUUUGACAACUGGAGUAGAAGAGUCAAUUGGAGCUCAUGGUGGAGCGGUUUGCUCGAGGCAUAGAUCAAGGGUGCUCAAACUUGGAUCUCUCCCAACCUGAAGUGAAGUCUAAGUUGGAGCUUUCCAUGGAGAAAUUUGAAAGAACAAGCUCCAACACGGAUUUCCAACCCCUUCCUCCACUCGAUUUGACACUUGAAGAGAAGGUGGCACGAGCUUGUGCAAGCUAUCGCCUCUCAUCAUUGGAGGAGAAAGAGGAGGUUGAAGGAACGAUCAAUGAAAACCGUGUGGAGCAAGACGAACUUACCCUUGAGAGCUCCCGUGGCGAGGAUAAACAAGAAGGUUGCAUUGACUACUCUCAUCACUUUCUCCUUCCCGAGAGCAACUUUGAAGACCAAGUCACGAGGGUGGAGGAGCAAGAGAAUUCUUUCUAUGAUCUUGCAUGGCAUCUUGCACGGUUAUUUCUAGAAAUAAGAAGGUAGUGUUGGAGAAAAGUUCUUAAAUGGAAAGAAUUGUUCGUUAAGUGAUACGAUCCUAGGGGUGUAUGUUAUCAAAGUAACUCAGCUAACGAUUCAAUCGAAGGAUCGAUUGAACUCGAAUCAAGAACGGAGCGUGCUUAAUACGAACUUGGAUAAAAUGGAACCAAAAGGACGAUUCCAUAUAUGGAGAACGCUCGAUUGAUAUAAGGGUAGAUGUCCGACCACAAUUGAGUGUCUAUUCAAUCGAUACAGAGCUCCACGAGGUUGGAAUCCACCAAACUCUACACAAGUACGCAAACUUGCAAAAACCAAAAGGUUCAAUUUCAAUUCCUCAAAAUCUAACUUUAUACAACGUAAAUAGAUAGACAAUAAAAAU